AUGAAGGCCUCACUCAUCCUCGCUCUUCCCGCCCUCGCCGUCGCGGCUGCUACCCCUCAGGUGGAGGAGCGACAGCUCCCAUCCCUCUUCAACCCUGCCUGUCUUCUCCAGAUCACUGGCAUCACCCGAUGUCUCCCCAACCUCAGCCUCGACAGCAUUAUUGGAAUCGUCGACGUCAUCGGCUGCCCUCUUGCAAUUGCUGGCGAUAUCGCUGCCUGCCUCAACGUUCCCGGAACCAAGUAA